AACUGUUCGAAUUUUGCUCCUCCUUCUUCUUCUUCUUCUCCUCAGUUCUUCUCACUCAAAAUCCUCAUUCUUUUUUUCCCUCCAAAACAAAAAAAAAACAGUCAUAGGGUUUCGUAUGAUUGUAUAUCCAUUAUUACUAACAAUUCGAUGGAAAGUGAUACUUGCAGAAGCGAUGCCCUAGCUCAGUUCCCCUCAUCUUCUUCGUCGCAAUCGGUUCUAGGGGGAGAUUUGUCCAAGGAUGAUGAGAAAGCAAAAGAAUUUGGUUUACUCAAUGAUACUGUGAGAUAUGGGGAUGAAGAAUUUGAAUCUCAAUUUGAAACUCAAGAAUUAGAAGAUGCAGAUUGUGGUGGGUUUUCUGAAAGUGAUGGAGAAGGAACAGAUACGACUGUAGUAUUGGAGGAGGAUGGUGACAAUGAUGAUGAAUGCCGUAGUGGUGUCACUCCAACCAGUUUUAGGAAGAAGAAGGACAUUGUUUUGGGUUCUGACACAGCGGCUGACAAGUGUGCUUCAGGAUCUGUGAAAAAGAGCUGUAUGUCAGUAUCUAACAAUGUGUCAAAGAAUCUUGGGGAUGAUGAAGAGAUGGCUGAUACAAGAAAUCCAACUCCAGUCAUAACUAAUUUUAUAGAUGAUGCCAAAAGUGAUCGUAGUAUGUGCAAUGGCAACAUGAAAGGAGGUAGAACAGUCGGUGCUAAUUCAGUAGUGAAAAAGCUUUCUUUCGAAGAUACCUCAGAUUUGAAAAAUUUCUCAUUCAAAGAUAAUGAGAGUACUGAUGGAGCACAAGAUACAACUUUGUCAGUUGCUUUCAAUCAUCAACUCGCGGGGUUAAGCUAUCUUGAUUCAGAAGAACCUGGAGAAUGGACUCAAAACAAUGCUUUAGAUAUUGUGGAUAAGUUUUUGUCAGUCAACGACUUAAAGAUGUCUCAAGAAGCUGUUCCAGAGAAAGCUAGUAAUGAGAAUAACUUUUCUGUAUCAAGGACCAAGGAUACUCUAGAAUUGGCUAAGAGAAUAAAUAUCAGGAGCCCAACAAGAGAUGCGAGUAUCUUUGAUUGGCGUGAUAUCCCUGAGGAUGAGGAAGCAGGAAUUUCCUCCUUUAAGAAUAAGAAAAAAGACAGAAAUUCCUCCUGUAAGAAGAAGAAAGAAGGUUUGAACCUCGGUAAAAGAAUGAUGAGAGUAGCUCGUUCAGACCCCAGUUUAUUGUUAGAUGACCCCAAAGGAGUAAGCAAAGGCAUUGAAACAUCUGAAUUGGAGAUCAACAACAGUUUCGAGUUUAACAAACAACUAGAUGCAGUAAUCCAAGAGAAGCUGCCAGAAGUAACUGGUAUUAACAAUGAUGUAAUGGAUACGUAUGAUGUUGGUUUUGAUACCCAAAUGGCUGCUGAAGCUAUGCAAGACUUGCUCUGUGGGGCCCCUGCCAGUCAUGAUAGUGAUAGUUCUCACCAACUUCCAGAAAACACUAUUGUUUGUUCUCCCAGGGGUGAUCUUGAGAUAAAUUCUUGUUUAAAGCAUGACUUGGUUCAUAAGAAGCAUCGUUCUACUGAUCCAGGUGCUGCAAUUAGACAAGAUAAGAAAAUGAAGAUAGUGGAAGCGAAAUCACGUAAUGAAAUCACAUCCGUAAAAUUAAGGGGGAAGCAACGGAAACCAGCUUCAGGAGAGAAGCGAAAAGCAAAGGGCAACUUGAAACGGGAGGGUGCAUAUUCGGGCACAAAAUCCGCUAAAUCUGCCGACAGUAAAACGACUGUGACAGAACAGGAAAUGAGAAGCGUCAAAGGGGACAACAACAGUUUGGACAAUUUGUUAGAAUCAAAUGAAAAUCUUUCACUAAACCGAAGUCUGUUGCAGGAGGUCGGUACGUUCACACCUAUUGCUUGUCGUACGAGGCGAUCUAGAGCAGCAAAACCAUUGGAAGGACUGAACUUAUCUACCAAUUCUGUAGAAGCAAAAUAUCUGUUAAGUGGGAUCAGUCAUAGUUCUGGAAAGAGUCCUAAUUUAAGAGUCAAAUCCCAAUUGCCAAAUAUAAAGGAGCAGAGUCAGCAAAUCAACCGAGAUCUUGGAGGACUUCAUGAAGUAAGCGACUGCCGUCGGAGCAGGAGAUCAUGUUCAAAUGUAGCUGUUCACUUGAACAGAGAUGGUAACUUAGAUGAUCAGCCCAACGUGACAACGGAAGAAAUCAACUUUGGGUUUAUUCCAAGGAGGAAAAGGUCAAAAUGCAGGGUCAGAGGUUCUUUUAACAGUGAAAUAAAAAAUGAUGCUGGGUCAAUCUUAACCCCUGAUCCAUCUAUAUGCUCUCGCGGAAAGAAGUUUGGAGAAACCAUGGUGGGCAAAAAUUUAUGUGAAUCAGGUCUAGCUGAUGGUACUAUAAACUGUUCUAUAACUGUUGUGAAUGGGAAUUUGGGUCCUAAAGUUUUGGGUAAAACCAAGUCAUCAGGAGACUGUGGGAAAGAAACUGAAGUAUUUAUGUCAUCUAAUGAAAAUGAUGCAGCAUCACCGGUCUUUACGCAAUACUAUUGCGGGAAAAAAUCUAGGAAGAAAAGCCUGCUAAGACCAUCACUCGCAGAAGAACUUACUUGGUUAGAUUCUAUUGAAGCAUCGCCUAGCGUAGUGAAGGAUCUGAGGAAAAGGAGAGAUAUGGCCAGCGUGCGUGUCUUGUUUAGUAACCACUUGGGCGAGGAUAUAAUAAAACAUCAACAGAAGAUUUCAAGACGGUUAGGCAUUUGCAUUGCAUCAUCUUCUUCAGAAGCCACACACUUCAUUGCUGAUCAGUUUGCACGUACAAGGAAUAUGUUAGAAGCAAUUGCUCAUGGUAAACAUGUGGUUACACAUCUUUGGCUUGAAAGCUGCGAACAAGCUGGUUGUUUAAUCGAUGAGAAAAAUUACAUACUAAGGGAUCCCAAAAAAGAAAAAGAGAUUGGAUUCAGCAUGCCAGUUUCAUUGGCACGUGCGCGCAAAAGUCCACUUUUACAGGAUAAACAAGUUUUCAUCACACCAAAUGUAAAACCUAGUAAACAACUGGUCUCAGACUUAGCUAAGGCAGUGCAUGGUCAGAUUGUGGAGGAAAUGGGGAAAUAUGCGAAGAACAGUAACAAAAUUCCAGAUGAUCUUUUGGUAUUUUCUUGUGAAGAAGAUCACAGAAUAUGCAUGCCUCUCGUUGAGAAAGGAGCUGCAAUUUAUAGUUCAGAGAUUCUACUGACGGGGAUUAUUGUUCAGAAACUGGAGUAUGGGAGACAUCGACUCUUCAGGGAUCAAUAAUAGGAGGAUUUACCCACCACCACCCAACCAGAAGAAUGAUACAAGUUAAAACACUCAGUUCCUUGUUGUAUCUUGUUCUCGGAUGUAAAUUAUCUUCAUUUUUCUAUGUUUUUCUUCAUUCUCUCCCCAUUUUUUUGUUGUUGUAUAUCGUGGGAGUUCUCUUCAAACGUGGUUCUGUUGUAUAUCCUCUUGGUGCGUUUAAAGUUCAUCAAUUUUGUCUUUA